AUGGAUAGACUUGAUGAGCUGCGCAAGGGGCAGUCCAGUCCUGACAAUGGUUCCGGGGUCCAAGAAAGCGCUGGUGACAUGCGAAGCGACCUGGAGGCAGGGCCUAGCACGUCCGGUGCGACUCGCACCGCCGUGCGCACUGGAACAGGCCGCUCGCUAGGGGAGCCUGGAGCUGUUGGCGACGCAAGCAAGAGCGACACCGUGUUCGAUCGUAUGGAGAACGGUCUUGCCAGACUCCAGCAUCGCUUUUUGCGCGGCAUCCCGGGUUCGAGUCGCAGAGGCGCGCAGCGCACUGGCGAUGCCUCUGGUGCUGCUGAGAGCUCCGAGGCAGGCGAGGCUAGCGAAAGCAGCACGCAGCUGAGCACCUUUUACGAAAAAGUGGAUAUGGUGAAAGCUCAAAUCGCUGACUUGGUUGCGGAAACAGAACAGAUACGUGCUGCACACAGGGCGCGGCUUGAGGAUCCUACUCGGAUGCAGCCACCCCCGGAUAUGCGUCGAGCGCGAAUGCUUGCCAUCGAUAUUAAGCGCCAGCUUGACGAGAUGAAGCUCGAAGAGCAAAAAAAAGCAUCGCAAACUCGAGGACAGGCUUCGAGCUCGGCUCAAGCUCGGAUAAUCGGUGGAACACAUGCCGCGCUCUCGCGCCGUUUUCUCAGUGCCUUGAAGGACUUCCAGCAGCUCCAAGGUGAAUGCGAUAGCGAGCUCCGGGAGCAGGCCGAACGCGAGCUCCGGAUCAUGAAUCCCGAUAUCACACACGAACAGGCGACUGCAAUUCUUGAAGCUGCCGGCUCGUCUGGUAAUGCGGGCGAACUCAUGCGCCAGCAGAUGUUACAGGCCACCGACCGCGACUAUGAGCAGAUUCGUAUUGUAGCACGAGAUAUGGAAGAGCGCGCAGCAGCGCUGCGUGAGCUCGAGUCUGGCAUGGAGGAGUUGCGGAACAUUUUCCUCGACAUGAGCGUCUUGGUCGAAUCGCAGGGCGAAACUCUAGAUGAGAUCGAGAAGAACAUCGCCGCCGCCAAAGUUUCGACUAAACGAGGUACACGCAAGCUGCAGACGGCUCGGAAACGGCAGCGGACUUAUUAUCGUCUAAUGUUUUGUGGGUUUUAUUGCUUGAUUAUUUUACUCGUGGUGAUUCUCGUUCCCGUUCUGGUUACGACGUUGCGAACGUCUACCAGUACAGGUGGCUAG